UUUAAAUGUGAUUUGUUAUUGGAGUCAAAGAUGGAAUCUACCCUUGGAUGGCGGGCAUACAUGUGUGGUUUCAGUUUCACUAGUCACAUUCUGUUUGAUUUUCCAAUCUUCGGUCUUUACCGCGAAGAAUGAUUCAUGUCGGAAGAAAUUAGGUUUUCGACUCCCAGGUUUUCGUUGUGAGUUCUACAUUGAGGACUGUAUUGUCGCGGUUAUAUGGUAGGAGACGAGGACGAUGCCGCCGGGUCCCGGGGGCAGUGUCAGAUAUCCGGUGUCGGAGGUGCUGGCCGCAAAGCAUUCUGGAGGUCGGCAUCUUGGUCGUCUAGCACUUUGUCACAAGAAUCUGCGCCUUUUGAUCAUGUCAAAGACUUCGCAGAUCGUCAUAAUAGCAACGCCGAGAACAACGGCGGAGGACAGUUCCGAAGGUUUCCUGUUCCUCUCACUCCUCGGUCGCAGCAGAAUUGUAAGGCUCGCGCUUGCUUACCCCCCUUGCAGCCAUUGUCCAUCGCUCGUCGCAACUUGGACGAGUGGCCCAAAGCCGGCUCAGAUGAUGUUGGAGAAUGGCCCCAACCACCCACCCCCAGCGGUCGAGGUGAUCCAAGCAAGCCCAGAGAAGGUUUGAAGCUCGACUUGUCUUCGUUGCAAAGAAACUGUGAUGUCAUUGGGACUCUUGUUAAGAAAGACUGGAUUGCCUGCUUUGAUAUGGAAUGCUCCAAGGUUGCCGACCACAUAUAUCUUGGUGGAGACGCCGUUGCUAAAAACAGGGAUAUUCUCAGGCAGAACGGUAUAACCCAUGUGCUCAACUGUGUGGGUUUCGUUUGCCCUGAAUACUUUAAAUCCGACCUUGUCUACAAGACCUUGUGGUUGCAGGAUAGUCCUUCAGAGGAUAUCACUAGUAUUCUCUAUGAUGUCUUCGACUACUUUGAAGAUGUCAGGGAGCAGUGCGGGAGGGUUCUGGUCCACUGUUGUCAAGGUGUGUCUCGUUCCACAUCUCUGGUGAUUGCGUAUCUCAUGUGGAGGGAGGGCCAGAGCUUCGAUGAUGCCUUUCAUUAUGUGAGGGCGGCCAGGGGAAUUGCUAACCCAAACAUGGGCUUCGCAUGCCAGUUGUUGCAGUGCCAAAAGAGAGUACAUGCCAUUCCGCUGAGCCCCAGUUCGGUGCUUAGGAUGUACCGGAUGGCCCCACAUUCUCCUUAUGAUCCUCUCCAUCUGGUUCCUAAGAUGUUGAAUGAUCCCUCUCCAGCUGCCCUGGAUUCUAGAGGAGCAUUUAUUGUAAAUGUGCCCUCUGCUAUAUACAUCUGGGUUGGUCAAAGCUGUCAGCUCAUCAUGGAAAGGGAUGCAAAGGGAGCUGCUUUCCAGGUUGUUCGUUACGAGAGAGUGCAGGGCCCUGUAAUAACCAUCGAGGAAGGGGAAGAACCAUCAGACUUUUGGGAUGCUUUCCGCAAUCCCCCAGAUUCGGUGGACAAGUCUGGAAGUGGUGUGUUGAUUGAAUCGGCAGCUAAAGUUGUGCCUGGUGAGAGGAAGGUGGACUUGUACGAUGUAGAUUUUGAACUCUUCCAGAAAGCAAUCACUGGGGGAGUGGUGCCUGCGUUCUCAACAUCAGGGGCUGGACACGAAACUCACCUCCCUGCGAGGGAAAGCAAUUGGAGCGUUCUAAGGCGUAAGUUUGCCUCGGUUGAUGUAAAAGAGCUCGGCUCAGCUCCUAAGUUAUCCCUUUAUAGAGCCUAUUCUGAUUCAAUAUUGAUAGUUGACACAGGCAAGCAGGUAAACAAAUUUCCACAUUUAUCAGCAGACUCCUCGUCUUCUUCGUCCUCACCUCAUUUUUCUCCAAGUUUCUUUUCUUCUGAUUCAAGUACUAGCUCUAAAUCUAGUUCGGAGUCACCAUCAGUGUCCCCAUCUACAUCUACAUCUACACCAUCACCUGCUUCCGCUUCCAUGGCUGAUUUGCCAUCCUUAUCGUCCAAGACGUCACUUCAUCCCAUCCCUAAACUUCCAGAAUUUCCUAAGGGUCAUCAUGCUUCAAACCCUUGCUUUCAAAUGACUAUAUCACCAUCUAAAAGACUUGCUCUCUCCCUUGCUGAACGCAGGGGUAGCUUGUCACCUUCUCUGAAGCUGCCAACCUUGGCUGAUGAUAAAUCUGUGUCAUCUACAAGGGACAAAAUCACCUAUUCAACUUCGGCAAGUCAAGGGAGCGGAAUGGAGAGAGACAAUAAUACCUGCUCUUUGAUAGAACCAUGUAGUAAUGAAGAAGCCUCAGAACCCUAUGAGGCUACUGCAAUUGACGUGGGGGUUAAAACUCAAAAAUAUCAGUUGCAGAUGUUUUUAGGGGCAUCUCUUAAUGGCCAUGCAGGCACCAAUGGAGGUUCUUUUAUAAAGGAGUUUCCUCUGCAAGUGGAUCAGGAUCCGUCUGUCUUUGCUGGAUUGGUGGACAAAGUUUUAGAGUUUUGUAAUCCAAUCUACCCUGCUGCAGUUUGCCGCUGGCCCACGUUAGAAAGAGUUGAACCAUUUGGCGCAGCCAAUUUGGAUUCAGAAGCUGCGUUUCUUUUCUUAGUUCCAAGUACAUGUGUUGGCAAGCAUAAAGAUAGGAUGGUAUAUUUCUGGAUAGGAAAAUCAUUCAAACAUUAUAACCGGCAGAUUCAACUAGAUAUCAGCAGUAAUGUAGGUGAUGUAGAAGCGAUCGACUGGAAUCAAGUUCUUUGUGAUUUUCUGUCGACAAUGGGUCUACCAAAGGACAUCCCCGUUGAGGUUGUUAAAGAAGAAUUGGAAUCAGAGGAAUUCCUUGAAUUGUUGAAGUCAUUGUAGCUGCUAGGACAAAU